GCAGCAACAGGAGAUGAAUAUCAGUCUUCAGUAAUGAACUGAAGUGGAAAGAUGAAGCUCCUGCUGAGAAGUCUGCUUCUUAGCUCUCUCUGCGCACUCUCAUCCUGGAGCGUUUCUUCAGACACACUUGUCGUUACUCAGAGUCCUGAUGUUUCUUUCCAUGAAGGAGAGACAGGAAACAUCUCUUGUUGCUGGAAGGAGAAGAAUGGAAGAGUUAACAUUAAAUGGCUAAAAAACCAAACAUUAGUAGAGAAUAAAACUGUCAUAAAUCAGUCUACAAGUUCUCAGAAUAAGCAGGCAAAUAGCUGUACAGUUCUAAUCUUUCCAAACUUUGCAAUCAGAGAUUCAGGGAGAUACAUCUGCGAGGUUACUGUGGAGAUACCAAUGUUACUUAAAGUUGAAGGAAAUGGUACAACCAUCACAGUUACAGCCAGAGGAAACACAACUAACUGCUUAUCAGAAAAUACAAAGGAUGAACAUAAGGUGCAAUCUGUGAUUCUUGCUGUGGCUGUUGUCGUCCCACUCUUCCUCAUUGCUCUCGCCUGUUUCUGCACUCUGAAAAGGAAAGAAGGACAAGCAGCCAGAGUGAUCUAUGAAGUUCCCCACACAGACUCCUUUGAAGCAGAAAUGGACAAGCACAGCACCAGUUCUUCCAAGGGCUCAACUCAGUGGUGUGAGGUGGCUAUGUAUGAUUCCUUGGAUUACUUCGAGCGAGUGGAGACCAAAGGAAGUAAAUAAAAUCUCCUCCAAUGCAUUCCUGCUCGUCAUUUUGUAAAUAAUGUGCAUUUCUUUAUCUGAAUUAUAUAAGUCAUGUUAUGUGUGUAAAUAUUACAUAUUUUCAUAUUAAACCAUGUCUUCUCCAUCA